AUGUCGGGAAGACAAAGUAACAAACUGCCGAACAAUUUGCCACAGUUACAGAAUCUAAUCAAGAGGGAUCCGCAGUCUUACGUUGACGAAUUUUUGCAGCAGUACAGACACUACCAGUCCAAUGUGCAGAUCUUUAAACUGCAGCCCGACAAGCCCAACAAGGAGCUCGCAGAACUUGUCAUGUUCCUUGCUCAGGUGGGCCACUGUUAUCAGCAGUACUUGUCUACUUUCCCUCAAGAGUUGACUGAGCUGUUACUGAGUCACCACACUGUGGUGGAGGCAGAUGUGCGAAUGACAUUCUGCAAAGCUUUGAUCCUCCUGCGAAACAAGGACUUGAUCCAACCCACCGGCUUGCUGGAGCUCUUCUUUGAACUGCUGCGAUGUCACGACAAGCUGCUCCGCAAGACUUUAUACACACACAUUGUGGCCGAUAUCAAAAACAUCAACGCCAAACAUAAAAAUAACAAAGUGAAUUCGUCGUUGCAGAACUUCAUGUACACCAUGCUGAGAGAUCGCAACCCCAUCGCAGCCAAGAUAUCUUUAGAUGUGAUGGUGGAGCUGUACAAGAGGAACAUUUGGAAUGACGCCAAAACGGUCAAUGUCAUCACCACGGCGUGCUUCUCCAACGUGACAAAGAUCCUGGUUGCCGGACUCAAGUUUUUCUUAGGCACAGAUGAAGAAGAGAAGCAGGGCAGCGACUCAGAAUCCGAGGCGAAGGGACCGACAGCACGUGACCUGAUGGUAAGAUUCAACACGGGGAAGAAAACGUCCAAAAACAAGAAGAAGCUGGAAAAAGCAAUGAAAGUCCUCAAGAAACACAAGAAGAAGACGAAAGCUGAGGUGUUCAACUUUUCAGCCAUUCACCUCAUUCACGAUCCACAAGACUUCUCGGAGAAACUUCUGAAACAACUGGAAAGCUCCAAAGAGCGCUUUGAGGUCAAAAUCAUGAUGAUGGAGCUCAUUUCCAGACUGGUCGGGAUCCACCAGCUCUUCCUCUUCAAUUAUUAUCCGUUCAUCCAAAGAUUCCUUCAGCCACAUCAAAGAGAGGUUACAAAGAUCCUCCUGUGCGCAGCGCAGUCUUCCCACCAGCUUGUUCCACCCGAGAUCAUCGAGUCGGUGAUCCGCACCAUCGCCGACAACUUUGUGACGGACCGAAACUCUGGGGAGGCCAUGACUGUGGGGAUCAACGCCAUCAAAGAGGUAGCGGCCCGUUGUCCGCUCGGCAUCACAGAGGACCUAUUGCGGGACCUGGCCCAGUACAAAACCCACAAAGACAAGAACGUCAUGAUGUCGUCCAGAAGUCUAAUCCAGCUGUUUAGGAAUCUCAACCCGCAAAUGCUGCACAAGAAGGACAGGGGAAGGCCCACAGAGGCGUCGUCGGAGGCCAAAAUGAAACACUACGGCGAGCUGGGAGCAAAGGACUAUAUCCCUGGAGCCGAGGUACUGGAAGUAGUGGCGGAAGGCGACAAAGACGAUGGCUGGGAGAGCGCCAGUGUGAGUGACGAGGACGAGGACGGGGAGUGGGUGGAUGUUUAUCACUCGUCUGAUGAAGAUACGACGGAAGCGGCGGAAAAACUGAAGCGUUUACCGGCUGAAGAGCGACAAGCCAAGGCGGCGGUGGUGAGCGGCAGCCGGCUCCUCACGCAGGACGAUUUCAGAAAGAUCAAACUGGCCCAGAUGGCUAAGGAGGUUAAUGCCGCACCAGGGAGGAAGAGGAAAGCAGCAGACUGCGAUGAUGAAGGCAAUAGCAGAGGGGAGCUGUUGACCCUAAGGGACAUUGAGAAGCUCCAUAAGAAACCCAAAGCCGACAAGGAGACACGCCUAGCGACAGCAUUGGCGGGCCGAUCGGACCGUAAAGAAUUUGUGAGGAAAAAAAACAAGUUAAAUCCUCACGCCAGCACCAGCAACAAGGAAAAGAGACGUUCCAAGAACUUCAUGAUGAUGAGACACAGCCAGAACGUCCGAACGAAAGGAAAACGUUCCUUCAGGGAGAAACAGAUUGCUCUCCGGGAUGCCCUCUUAAAAAAGAAGAAACAAUACAAGUAG